AUGGCUCUGGACUUCAAUAUUACACUUGGAAAUAGCUCUUUGGUUCCAUAUGAAUACCACAAGGACCAGUUGGACGCUGACGUGGACGUUUGCAUAUUUCCGGAUGAAUACCAUAAGGACCUAACGCAGAACAGUUCGGUUGUUAUUCUCAUGAUCGUUCUGUACAUGGUUAUAACUGUGAUGGCGUUGCUAGGCAACCUUCUCGUGAUCUGGAUAGUAUGGAUCAACUCGCACAUGCACACGGUGACGAAUUACUACAUCGUUAACCUUGCUGUCUCUGACCUGCUCGUAGCGGUCCUCGUGGUGCCUCUCAAGCUGCUUGAGUACACCGCCCCCUGCCGGUGGCACAUAUUCCGUAGUGACGGACUCUGCUCCGUCGUCUACUAUCUGCUUCCGGUGUUCGUGUUCGCCAGCGUCCUUACACUCGCCGCCAUCUCCAUAGAGAGGUAUUAUGCAAUAGUUCACCCGCUCUCUGCAAUGACGGUCAACAGUAAAUCGAGGACAAAGAAAAUAAUCGCUGUUACUUGGAUACUACCGUUCAUCGUGGCUGGACCUUACAUUUUCAGCAAAAGUUACGCAUUUACUAUUCACAGUGAAAUCGGCUCCAUUUCAAGAGAAAUCUGUAAUGACCGCUUUAAUGAAAUUGAUAUAGCAAUACAUGGCGACAGCGCCCGGGUGGGCGAGUUUCGUAAAGGCUAUUUCCUGGCCUUGUUCUGGGUAAUUUACGUAGUUCCAAGCGCGAUGAUCCUGAUUACGUGCGUAAAGAUUGCCGUCAGUCUCCUAAAGCCGAUACUUCCAGAAAGCGCUGCUAUUGCUCGAACAGAAACAAACAGACGACAAGAAGAAAAUAAACGGAAGGUUGCAAAGAUGGUGGUGGUGAUUUCCCUGACCUUCAUAGCGUCCUGGACUCCUCUCUACCUUGUCAGCAUUGUCAGUCAACUGCAGCAAGACAGUUUUCUGAAAAAAUCAAACUUCAUCUUUACAAUGCUAAUAACACAUUUCUGUGGCUUUGUAAAUAGUUGUUUAAACCCAAUAAUUUAUACAGCCAUGAGUCAAAAGUUCAGGAGGAGCUUUAAGGAUAUAUUCAAAAGAGUAUGGUACUGUUGUACCUGUAAUGCAUCGGGAAAAAGUAGACUGCGUUACGGUGUUUCACAUCGAUUUACGUCAACGCUGCAUCGUACAUUAACAGAAACAGACGCCCACCAUAUUGCAUUGCAAGAGCAUGUGAAAUACAAUGGUUCCCUUCGUAGCCCAAAGUCGGAUGCGAAGAGUAGCAGUAGUGGAACGAAUCCGGAAUUGCGACAGCUAAAGACAAACGAGAUUGUAAUUGUAAACAAAAAUAUUGUUAAAGACUCUCGACCGGAUUCUCAAUGUGGCGAUGACAUUGAUCAUUCAUGCGAAGAUAAACAUGAGUUCAAACCGCAACGUAAAGGCAUUUUGAAAAUUAAGGCGGAUCUAACACAAGCGACUUCACGUGUAUGCAAGGAUUAUCCAUUUGUUGCGAAACCAUAA